AUACCGUACAUUAAUGUAUACCGCUUAUACCACGUCCUCAUGACAUUUUUCAUAACCUCGAAUACGCACCUAAACAAAUUAUUCUCUUCUUCGAUUCUAGUUUACGUCUUCGGUGUGUCCGGAUUUUCAUCCAAGAUGAGGACCAUAAACGCCAACCAAUCAGUUAAAAUCCCUGAAGGCAUUGAUGUCACGGUCAAUAAGAGGAUUAUAGUUGUCAAAGGCCCCCGUGGUUCGUUAGAGAGAAAUUUCAAACAUUUAGCAGUUGAUAUAUACCUGAAAGGACCACGUUUGUUAACUGUGGAAAAAUGGUUUGGCACCAAGAAAGAAUUGGCUGCCGUCAGAACCAUUUGUACUCAUGUUGAAAAUAUGAUCAAGGGUGUCACUAAAGGUUUCUUAUACAAAAUGAGAGCCGUGUAUGCCCAUUUCCCCAUCAAUUGUGUUACUUCUGAAAACAAUUCACUUAUUGAAAUCAGAAAUUUCUUGGGUGAAAAAUAUAUCAGACGUGUCAAGAUGUCGCCAGGUGUCACCAUAACUAACUCUAAGCAAAAAGAUGAGUUAAUUGUAGAAGGAAAUGACAUUGAAAAAGUUUCAAGAUCAGCUGCUUUAAUCCAACAGUCUACAACCGUAAAGAACAAGGAUAUCCGUAAGUUCUUGGAUGGAUUAUAUGUAUCUGAAAAGACAACAGUUGUACAAGAGGAAUAAAAAUUGAUUAUUUCAUACGUUUAA